AUGUUCGGCCGACUCUCACUCGCAUUCGUUGUCGUUUCCGUCGCUGCCUUCUUUUGCGCCCAAUCUGUAGACGCCGCGAAAGGCCCUAGAAUUACCAACAAGGUCUUCUUCGACAUCAAGCAUGGCGACGAAAACUUAGGACGCAUCGUUAUGGGGCUCUAUGGAGGAACCGUUCCCAAGACCGCUGAGAAUUUCCGUGCCUUGGCAACUGGAAAGAAGAAGGAUGGUACAGACCUCGGGUUUGGUUUCAAGGGCUCCAAGUUCCACCGUGUUAUCAAGAACUUCAUGAUUCAAGGCGGCGACUUCACCCGCGGAGACGGUACUGGUGGAAAGUCUAUCUAUGGCGACCGAUUUGCAGACGAGAACUUCAAACUUCGUCAUACUGGUCCUGGAACUCUCUCAAUGGCUAAUGCAGGAAAGGAUACCAAUGGAUCUCAAUUCUUCAUCUGUACCGUUGUCACCGGCUGGCUGGACGGCAAACACGUCGUUUUCGGCAAAGUCAUUGAGGGUAUGGACGUCGUCGACAAAAUUGAGAACGUCCCGAAAGCAAACGAUCGCCCUACGGUCGACGUUGUUAUCGCAGAUUCCGGCGAACUUCCAGUGGAAAGUGAAGAAGAUGCGAAUGGAAAAGAGGUACCAGCCCACGCUGAGCUUUAAAGCUCGAUUUGUGCACAAAAUUAUCAUACAAAUGAAACCACCGUUGCUUGUU